CAUGGCAGUAGCACUGUGGCUCACAGAACUAGGUAGGAUGUGUGUAGGAGGUGCUCUAACACACGCUUUCAGUCUGAUGCAAUCCUUUGUCUGCACAGUAGAGUACGCACAUCCAUUUGGUACAGCUGCUUCUUGCUGUCUCCUUCUCCAUCCAUCCCUCCAGCAAGUGAUCCCAGCUCCCCAUCUUUGGAUGUACUGCCUAGUCUUCAUUGUGGAACUACCUCAACACCUUCUACACAUAGGUUCACCGUUAAGCAUACACAGAGAAAAAUACAUAUUAAAUAAAAGCUAGCGACUGGAAACAAGCUUGGAAAAUGCCUUUCAAAAACGGUUUGGAAUUGACAGAAUUGCAGAACAUGAACACGCCAGAGGAUGAUAAUAUCAGCAAUGAUUCCAAUGAGCUCAGUGAGGCAGAUGGUAAUCGUAUCAGCAGUAGUAAAUUUAUUGCUGACCGUGAAAGUAGAAGAAGUCUUACAAACAGCCACCUUGAAAAAAAGAAAUCCUGCGAUGAUUAUAGUCCGGGGACUACAUCUACUGGAAUGUCUGUGUUUAACUUGAGUAAUGCUAUUAUGGGCAGCGGAAUCCUCGGUUUAGCGUAUGCUUUGGCAAAUACAGGAAUUGUACUAUUUGUGCUGCUUCUGAUAUCGGUCACUCUACUGUCUAUCUAUUCUUUAAACCUUCUACUCAAAUGUUCCCAGGAAACAGGAUGUAUGGUAUAUGAGAAGCUGGGGGAACAAGUAUUUGGCACACCGGGAAGGAUGCUUGUGUUCGGAUCAACAUCUCUUCAGAAUGUUGGUGCAAUGCUCAGCUAUCUGUUUAUAGUUAAAAAUGAACUACCCAAUGUCCUUAAAUUUCUGAUGGGAAUAGAAGAUUCAACGCCAUGGUAUUUGGAUGGUCGUUUUCUUCUAGUCCUCGUCACUGUGAUAAUCAUCCUUCCAUUGUGUCUUCUUAAGAAUUUAGGUUAUCUAGGCUACACCAGUGGUUUCUCUUUGACGUGUAUGUUUUUUUUCCUUGUUGUGGUGGUAUACAACAAAUUUAAAAUUCCAUGCCCUCAAGACAAUGUAAAUGGAACCUCGAGUAGUUUACACAACACAACAAGUGAGCAAAUCUGUACACCAAAAUAUGUGACAUUCAAUUCUAAGACUGCGUAUGCACUGCCGACACUAGCAUUUGCAUUUGUGUGUCACCCGUCUGUCCUUCCCAUAUACAGUGAGCUAAGAGACCGUUCACAGAAGAAAAUGCAGCUCGUGUCCCAUUUAUCAUUCUUUGCGAUGUUUAUUAUGUAUCUACUGACUGCUGUUUUUGGAUAUCUGACAUUUUAUAAUAAAGUGCAUUCAGAGCUUCUUAGCACAUACACCAAUCAAAAAGAUGCUCUCAUCUUAACCGUACGCUUGGCUGUUAUAACUGCAGUUAUACUCACUGUCCCGGUAUUAUUUUUCACUGUUCGUUCUUCUUUAUUUGAAGUUGCUCGGAAGACAAAGUAUAAUUUUUGGCAGCAUUUAAUAGUGACAAUUGUACUUCUAUCGAUGAUUGAUCUACUUGUUAUAUUCAUACCAUCAAUGAAGGAUAUAUUUGGCGCAAUAGGUGCAACAUCUGCCAACAUGCUGAUCUUUAUUCUCCCUGCUUCCUUGUACUUGAAAAUUACUAACGGAAAUGAUGCAUUGGGUACUCAAAGAUUAUGUGCAUUUGCUUUCUUUGCACUGGGUUUGCUGUUCUCCCUAGUAAGUAUUCCUUUAGUGAUCUAUGACUGGGCUCACGCAGGAGGAAAAGAAAAUGGAAACUAAGUAUGACUACAUGGUGGCUGCUUCCCUCCAUUACCACAGUCAAAGGCACAAACAUUUCAGUAGGGAAAGUCUGCAUUUGUUGUAGUCUAUGUUUCUUUAUCACAAUGUGCUUGCCAUUUUACAAUCCGACAUUAGGUUUUCUCUGUCUUUUUUGAACUUACAGUUGUAUAUACAACUGUACAUUUAUUCUACUCCUGGAGAGUUUUUAUGUAUUGUGCUUUUAACUUACAUUGUUGUAAAUCACUGCAAUGUAUCCGACCGAUAUCACUACUGUCGUUACCCAUAUUGAAAUUCUUUAACACUGUAAAUGGAACACGUAUUCCACACCUUUCCUAGUUUUACAUGUGUCUACAUAGAGUAGUCACUAGUUUUCCUGAAAACCCUCAUUAUAGUGAUGUACAGUAUAUACAGUAUAUUCAAUUUUACUAUUGACCAGUUUUAAUAUAGUACUGAUUUAUUUAACCAUGGCAUUCUAUGUUGUUAUCUAAGUUCUAAAAAGUUAUAGUUUACAACAUUUCAUUGUAAAGACUUACUUAAAAUUGUUUGAUCAGGGAACCAGCAUAUAAAUUGAAUCAUGAAGCUGCUUUGCAGAACCAAAAUGAACUGAAUUGGUCUAUUUAUAAAAAGGUUCACAAAAUAUUCAUUUAGCUUUCAUCUAGGAUUCAAACUUUUUUUCAAUUGAAAAAAACGUGUGAAUCUUGGGAUAAAGUUGUGUGAAUCUUGGGUGGAAAAAUUUAUAAAUAGACUCCCAAGUGUUUUAAAGUAUGCAUUAUACAUAAAAUUAGCCAUAUUGUCACCCAUUGCUUAGUUAAAAACAAUAAUCCUACACUUGGCUAUUAUUUACACUAUACAACACAACAUGUGAUGUGACAGUUGUCACUUUUUAUUCCAUAUUGGGAGUAUCUUGAGAAAAUGCUACAGAAAAAAAUAGAUUAAUGUCUAAUCUAUUCAUAUGUUGUGGACUGGUCUUUGGAGGAAAUUACCCAACAAUCUGAUCUUCCCAUAUAUUAUAAUUGUAUAAGAAUAUGAAUGGUCUUAUUGUUUGUAUGGUAUAACCAAUGAAGGGUGUCAUACGUGUCUAUACCUCAGAUUAAUGACACCUAGGGACAUUUUUUCUCACAAAGAAAAAAUAGCUUCCAGCAGCUUUGACUUUACAUUCACAAGAAUUUGCUCAAUAGCCCCAUGUAUCUACGGUAAUUAUUUUAAAUGACUGACCAGGAAUUGUGUGCUUACGAGGAAAUAAAUAUACAUGUUGCA